UGGCUGGUUGUCCACCGGUGGUAGUAGAGGUCCUCGUGGUUGAGGGAGACGUGACAGGAGUGGUGGGGGUAGUGAAAGAAGUUUGGGGCCGCGUGCUCGUAGUCGAAGCAAUUAGGCAUUGGGAGUACCCUAAGCAUAGUUUUAGUGACAGUUUAGUCCUCCGCCUGUGGGAGAUUCAAAAGGGGCAAGAAUACCAGAAGCGAUCAUCACAGGGCCAAGAGAAUCGGUUGGGCACCAAUGUCGAUAAUGGACAGAAGUUCUUGCGGAAGAAGAACGAUGAUGUCCUAGAAUCCGCGUCUGUGAAUGGACCUUGGUGUAGGGAGGUUACUGGUCAGUUAAAAUCACAGUUGGAAUUUCCGGCUGGUGGCUGUGGUGAAAAUGAGGUGGUGUCGAAGGAUCAACGACGGGAUCACGGGGAUACUUGGGAGGUUAUGAGGUGGGGAGAAAAAAGGCUAUCUGAACAUUGGGACCUAUAUCCUAGUCCAUGCUUGAUGAGAAAAGCGGCUGGACCCGAGCCUAGACUCCAUCUUAAGGUACUUCCUCCCGAGAGUCGUACGGCAUGA